AUGCCCAAUACAUCUUUACGACGGCCACAGAAGGGAUACCGCCGCGGCGGCAAGGUUGCCUACCAUGGCCCACGAACCCGGACAUUCGCUGCAACUUCCAAUGCCCGCGGAGAGGCGACAUCGAUCGACGAGAAGUGGGAACGGACGGCAUUGGCACACCAGAUUGACGAGAACAUGGGCUUUGCGCGUUAUGACGCUGGACGGAAACGCGAAGGGUGGCUCGUUAACGUGCAGCCGACCUCAAUAGACGACCCCCGAGUACCCGGCGGCGGUGGCAGGGCCGCUUUGGACUGCUACUUCAUUGAGGAAGACGGUUCGACCUUCAAAGCGACGGUCGAGUACGACCCAUACUUCCUUAUAGCCUGUCGAAAGGGACAUGAAACUGAAGUCGAGGAGUGGUGUAAACGAGUCCCUGGGGGCGGCGUGAUCAAGAACAUCAGGCGGGUAGAGAAGGAUGACCUCAAAAUGCCAAACCACCUUCUCGGCUACCGGAGGACUUUCCUUGAGUUGAGGUUUCACAAUGUGCAAGACUUGAUGGCAGCCAGGAGGGAUAUCAUGCCAAUUGCGGAGAAAAACAAAAAAGGGAUGGAUGCUAUGGAUACUUACGCCGAGGUCGCAACGGCGAACGGCAAUUUCGAUCUUUUUGAUGACGACCCACGAGCUGAUGACCGACGAAACAAUGCAUCUUUUGCGGAGGCGAGCGACUUCAUUGUCGAUAUUAGAGAGUAUGACGUUCCAUACCACGUUAGAGUAAUGAUAGACUUGGACAUUCGUGUGGGCAAUUGGUACUUUGUGGAAGCAAAGAACGGCGUCACGACUGUUACUCGCAACGAGGAGCGCUUAGCACCAGCAGAUCCCGUUGUCAUGGCCUUCGAUAUCGAGACAUGCAAGGCCCCGUUGAAGUUCCCUGAUCCGGCUGUGGACCAGAUCAUGAUGAUUUCUUACAUGAUCGACGGCCAGGGGUUCCUGAUCACGAACCGCGAGGUCGUCUCGGAGGACAUCGACGACUUCGAAUACACACCAAAACCAGAAUAUCCAGGGCCGUUCAUGAUUUUCAAUGAACCCGAUGAGAAGGCAGUUAUUGAGCGCUUCUUCCUCCACGUCAAAGAAGCACGGCCGACCGUCAUCGCCACUUAUAACGGUGACUUCUUCGACUGGGCUUUUGUCGAGGCUCGCGCCAGCGUUAAUGGUAUCGACAUGUACCACGAAAUCGGGUGGAAGAAGGACAGCGAAGACCAGUACAAGUCCAACUACAGUGUGCACAUGGACUGCUUCCACUGGGUCAACCGUGACAGUUAUCUGCCUCAAGGUAGCCGAGGUCUCAAAGCCGUGACAGUCGCCAAGCUAGGAUACGACCCCGAUGAGCUGGACCCCGAACUUAUGACGCCCUACGCCAGCGAGCGACCACAAACGCUCGCCGAGUAUUCAGUCUCCGAUGCCGUCGCCACCUAUUACCUGUACAUGAAAUAUGUCCAUCCGUUCAUCUUCUCCUUGUGCACCAUCUUGCCGCUUGGGCCCGACGACACCUUGAGGAAAGGCACGGGCACGCUUUGCGAGAUGCUGCUGAUGGUGCAGGCCUACAAAAACGAGAUUGUUUUGCCAAACAAGCACGUGGCACCGAAGGAGGCGUUCUGGGAUGGACAUCUGCUGGACUCUGAGACGUACGUGGGUGGGCAUGUCGAGAGUAUCGAGGCCGGCGUCUUCCGGUCAGAUAUCCCUGUGAACUUUGCUGUUGAUCCUGCGGCCGUCGACGAGCUUCUGCGCGAUCUGGAUGCGGCUCUGACUUUCAGCAUCACGGUGGAAGAGAAAAAGUCCAUGGAGGAUGUUGUUAACUACGAAGAGGUCAAGGAACAGAUUGCCGCGAAGCUUCGGGACCUCAAAGAGACGCCCAACCGCCACGAGCGGCCCCUCAUCUACCAUCUUGAUGUCGCGUCGAUGUACCCCAACAUCAUGACGACCAACCGGCUGCAGCCCGACUCCAUGAUCACGGAAUCUGACUGCGCCGCUUGCGACUUCAACCGCCCGGGGAAAACCUGCGACAGGAGGCUACCAUGGGCGUGGAGGGGUGAGUACUUGCCCCCGAAACGGGACGAAUACAACAUGAUCAGGCAUGCCCUGGAAAACGAGAAGUUUCCAGGCAAAACGGCGAAUAGUCCGAUGCGCUCGUGGCAGGAUCUGAGCGAGGAUGAGCAAGCCAAUCUUAUCAAGAAGAGAUUGCAGCUGUAUUCCCAAAAGGUCUAUCACAAAAUCCGCGAUUCCACCACCAUCAUCCGGGAAGCCAUCAUCUGCCAGCGGGAAAAUCCCUUCUACAUCAACACGGUCCGCGACUUCCGCGACCGCCGGUACGACUACAAGGGAAAAGCAAAGGUGUGGAAGGGCAAGACAGAGGCCUUGAAAAGCUCGGGCGCAUCCGCCUCAGAGAUCGAAAACGCCAAGAAGAUGAUCGUCCUGUUCGAUUCACUUCAGCUGGCGCACAAGGUCAUUCUGAACUCCUUCUACGGCUACGUCAUGCGAAAGGGUUCCCGUUGGUACUCCAUGGAAAUGGCGGGCGUGACGUGUCUUACAGGAGCAACCAUCAUCCAGUUGGCCAGGUCACUGGUGGAGCGACUGGGCCGCCCACUUGAGCUGGACACGGAUGGCAUCUGGUGCAUGCUGCCGGCCACGUUCCCGGAGAACUUUGCCUUCAAGCUCAAGAAUGGCAAGAAACUCGCCAUCUCGUACCCUUGCGUCAUGUUGAACCAUCUGGUCCACGCGAGGUUCACCAACCACCAGUAUCAGACCCUGGUUGACCCCAAGACCUUCAAGUACGAAACUCACAGCGAUAACUCCAUCUUCUUCGAGGUCGACGGCCCAUACAAGGCCAUGAUUCUUCCCACCUCGAAGGAGGAAGACAAGAAUUUGAAGAAGAGGUAUGCCGUCUUCAACGAAGAUGGCACCUUGGCUGAGUUGAAGGGAUUCGAGGUGAAGCGAAGAGGCGAGCUCAAACUCAUCAAGAUCUUCCAGCAGCAAAUCUUCAAGUUCUUCUUGGAGGGCACGACCUUGGCCGAGUGCUAUGCUGCCGUCGCCAAGGUUGCCAACCGAUGGUUGGAUGUGCUCCACAACAAGGGCUCGACCCUGGCUGACGAAGAGCUCAUGGAGCUCAUUUCGGAGAACCGCAGCAUGACCAAGACACUUGAGGAAUACAGCGGCCAGAAGUCGACGUCCAUCACAACCGCCAAACGCUUGGCGGACUUCUUGGGCGAGGGCAUGGUCAAAGACAAGGGCCUGAACUGCAAGUUCAUUAUUUGUGCAAGGCCAAAGGGUGCCCCUGUCACUGAGCGUGCCGUCCCCGUCGCUAUCUUCUCUGCCGAGGAGGAAACGAAGCGCUUGUAUCUGAAGAAAUGGCUGAAGGAGGAACCUGCCGACACGGACCCUCGAGCACUGCUCGACUGGGAUUACUAUCUCGAGCGUCUUGGUUCAGUCAUUCAGAAGCUCAUCACUAUCCCCGCCGCUUUACAAAAAGUGCGCAACCCUGUUCCGCGUGUGCCGCACCCCGACUGGCUACAGCGCCGAAUCAACCUCAAGGACGACAAGAUGAAGCAGAAGAAGCUCACUGAUAUCUUUGGGUCAACCACCAAAGGCGGUCCUCUGGAGGAGAUUUCGCUCUCUAGCACUAACCUCAUGGGAGACGUUGAAGACAUCGGACAGCUUCUGAAGCCCAAGACCAUCAGUUCUGCCAUCUCUGCUUCUCAGAAGGCACCGGUGGCUCAGAAACGGAAGUCCCCCGAGCCAGCCGAAACCCAGGACCCUUUUGCGACGCUCCCCAAGAAAAUGCCUUCACCCAGCGAAGAUUAUCCGGCGUUCUUGGAAUACCAGAAACUGAAGUGGAAACUGCAGAAACAAGCACGGGCACGGCGGAGGCAUCUCUUCGGCGACAGGCGCAGCAACAUCCAGAGCAGUAUCCAGCAGACGUUCCGAAAUCAAGCAGAGAUGACGUUUAGGAAUACGUGGCAACUGCUCCAGCUUCGGGCAACCGACAGCCCCGGAAUCGUUCUUGCCCACGUUCUGAUCGACAGCAAGAUUCACUCCGUCAGGAUCAAUGUGCCCCGCCAAGUCUUCCUCAACCUCAAGAGUCAAGAACUGCCGGAUAUUGAGGUCGAGGGCUGCCAAGUCGAGCAGGUUCACCACACGUUGCCCAACGGCCACUCGUCUGUGCACUUGUUCAAGCUCACCGUGCCAGAAGCAAUCUAUUACGCCGAGUCGGAGAAGUUCUCGCUUCUCUUCAACCACCCCAGUGUCGAAGGUGUCUAUGAGAAACAGCUUCCGCUGAAUCUUCGGGCCGUCUUGCAGCUCGGGAACCGCUGCACCGUCGAUCAGAGUCAACCCGGCGUGCUCGGAAAGGGUCUUGAUCAUGGUUUCGAUCUGUCUAGUCUGACAAGGCCGACAAAGCCUAAUCCCUACCUUGAGGGCGCCCGCAUGUCGUACAUUUACCUCUCCCACAUCAGUGCAGGUGAACGCCAGAUCUUCGGUCUGUUUUCGACAACGAGCGACAAGGCGUACGUCAUCAUUCAGCAGAGGAGCAAGGAUGGCGGUCAAGAUCUCCCGAACAUUAGCAAGCUCUACUCAGACUUCCUCGCCCGCAGGAAUCGCGAGGAACCUGAGGAUUCUUCCUGGCAGGAGUGUUUCUCGUACCAGGAGAAGCUGUCAUUCAAGGUCACCCAGGUCACUACACGCCGAAAAGCAUUCCUCGAGGUCGGCGAUGUCGUCAAAAAGAUGAAGAAGGAGGAGUCAGGGCCGACCCUGAUGGUGAUACAAUCCUCCCAGCGGAACCUCCUUGUGCACGACAUACCAAUCUUGGGAGAGUUCCCCGUCUUGCCGCUGCGCUACGACCCGGCUGACGGCGCCCUGCCGCCUCUAGGUUGGCAGACGGUAGUGGCUCGUCGUCUGGUGAACCACUACCUGAGCCUUGGGUCCUGGAUCAACCAUUUGACGGCCUUAGCCAAGUACGGGGACGUGCCGCUGUGCAACUUGGAGCGUGAUGACCCUCGGUUCCUGAUUGACGUAGCCUACGCCCGCCGCUUACAAGCCAACAACGUCGUGCUGUGGUGGUCGGAUAGCCCGCGGCCUGACCAUGCCGGAUAUGAGAAAGACGAUGUGGCGGGGCCUCUCGAACGAGUCCAGAUGCCAUCGGUCAACAACCCUGGCACAUUUGCCUCCGUCUGCAUCGAUCUCGAAGUCAGGAACUUAGCCAUCAACACCAUUCUAACCUCAUCUCUCAUCAACGAGCUCGAGGGGGCUGACAGCAUCUCGUUCAACCCAGCAGCUGACGGGGCGGGAGAUGGGAACGAAGGCUUGUUUGCGGAUAAUGCGUUCGCCAACGCCGGCGUGCUAGUUCUGCGGGAGAUGGUCAAAUCCUGGUGGGCCGAGGCUUGCAAGGGCUCGACAAUGGCCGAUGUCAUGGUGCAGCACCUGGUUCGCUGGGUCGAGUCUCCGGCAUCCUGCCUGUACGACCGCGCCCUGCACUAUUAUGUGCAAAUGAUGAGCCGAAAGGCCCUACUUCAGCUCAUGGCGGACUUCCGCAAGGUUGGGUCGAACGUUAUCUACGCCAGCCCUAACCGUCUACUCCUGCAAACCACCAAGUCUGAGGUCGGUAACGCCUACGCCUACGCACAGUACAUUCUUAAGAGCAUCAAGGGAAAGCCCCUCUUCCACUUCAUUGAUCUCGAGAUCAAGGAGUACUGGGACUACCUCGUGUGGUAUGACGAGUUCAAUUACGGUGGCAAGGCGUGCCAACAGGUCGUCGAGAAGGACGAGCAAGACCUUCAGAUGAUUAUGCAUUGGCAAAUGGCAACUUUCCUCCCGGUCCGGCUGCAGCCAACCUUCCGCGACUGGGUCGUGGAAUUCAUCGAACUCAUGCACAGCAUCAAGCGGCCAGCGACUGGAAGCGAUCCCACUGCCACCCCGCGCCUAACCCAACUCCCUAUCCGCAACGGCAACGCCGGCCUCGCCGAGGAUGCCCCUGGCCAGAUCAUCCUUGGUAAAGCUUUUGAGAAGCCGCUCAAGAAAGAGAUUGCUUCACUCGUCGCCACUCAGAAACGCGAACUCCUUCAUCCGGAGCUCGCAGCGGAUUACACCUUUCCCUCCCUCCCAGGCUCCCACCUCGCACACCUCACGCCUCAAUCCAGCCUGAUCACAAACACCACCAACGGCAACAACAACAACAACCACCCCACAGCCUCUGCAAAUCCUGUCCUCGAAUUGGUCAAGUCCCUUAUGCAGGUUCUGUCCCUCGACAAGAACAUAACGCUCGAAGCCCGCCUGCUCCGCAAGGAACUGCUCGCCCUCUUCGACGUGCGCGAGUUUUCCAAGGAGGGCACGUUCCAGAACCCGUCCGAGUCGCUCCGGCUGGCGCAGCUGAGCUGCGACAACUGCACCAUGGCGCGCGACCUGGACUUGUGCCGCGACGAGGACCUGCUUCCUCCACCUCCGAGCUCUGAGGGAGGAGGAGGUGGUGCUGGAGGUGGUGCCGCAGGGGACUGGAGCUGGCGGUGCCUAUUCUGCGAGACCGAGUAUGACCGGAACGAGGUCGAGGAGCGGCUGCUGGGGGAGGUGGAGGGGCUCGUGGUGCAGUGGACGACGCAGGACCUCAAGUGCGCCCGGUGUGGCGCCCUGAGGGUCAACGAGUUCAUGGAGCAUUGCACGUGCAGCGGGGAGUGGAAGGAGAGCGUGAGCAGGGGAGAGGUGAUGAAGCGACUGGGUGUGUACAGAAACGUCGCUAAAUUUUAUGGGCUAAGAAUGUUGGGGGAUGUGGUUGACGGCGUUCUCGGGGGCUUGUGA